AUGGCAGCCAAGUUCGUAGUUCUCGCCGCCCUAGUGGCCAUGGCUCACUGCUCCGUGGUGCCAGUGGCGCGAGUAGACGCCGACUACACCAGCUUCGCAUACGACGUGGCCGACCCCAACACCGGCGACUUCAAGAGCCAGGUGGAGACCCGUGUGGGCGGCAACGUGGCCGGCCAGUACUCGCUGCUCGACGCUGACGGCACCAAGCGCACCGUGGACUACACUGCUGACGAUGUCAAUGGAUUUAACGCUGUGGUGCGCAAGGACCCCGCUGUAGUGGCUUCCGUGGUGGCUGCCCCCGCUGUGGCCGCGCCCGCUGUGAUCGCCGCCCGCACUGUUGCCGCUCCUGCUGUCUACGCCGCUCACGCCGCUCCCGCUGUCUACACCGCUCACGCCACUCCUGCUGUCUACGCCGCGCACGCCGCCCCCGCCGUGUACGCCGCUCAGUCCGCUCCCGUCUACGCCGCGCCCUCUUUCUACUCGUACGGUGCUCCCGCCCUGUACUCCGCUCCCCUCACUUACGCCGCUAAGUGGUAA